CCGGAAUUUUGUCGGGGAGGGGGAUCAUCAUCAUCACCUCCGAAUCCACUCCGAAAUCCUUUUCUCGCCUCCAGGAUUCUCGAGAAAAUUUCGACCCCCCGGGCUCCCCGAUAUUUUCUCUCACUUUCUCGCUCGCUUUCUCUCCCCCCGCGAAUCGAACGCUUCUCUUCUCUCGCCGUCGAUCGCCAUGCUCGCUCCGCCUCCGGCCUUCCUGGCCGCCGCGGAUCGCCGGACCGUCGAUUGAGCAUCGCGCCGGAUUCACCUCCCCUUCCUUUUUCCGGUCCUUCCCGAUGGAGAAGGUGGACAAGGAGACGGGGCUCCUCCUGCGCGUGGCCGCGAACCACCUCCACCUCGCCCAGUUCGAGCCGCUCCGGGCGAUCCUCCUGACGCUGCGGGCCAAGGACCCGGACCUCGCGCUCGACGUCCUGCAGACGAUCGUGAGCCGCGCCGGGCGGGUGGAGCACGUGCUGUGGUCGCAGUCGUGCCCGAACCCUUCGCUCCUCGCCUACCUGUGCGCGCUCGAGCUCCUGCGGCUCGAGAGGCCGCUGACCGCGUGGAGCUUCGACCCCGAGGCCCUGCGGCUGCGCGUCGAGUUCCUGUUGUACGUGCAGAGCCUCAGCGACGGGGUCGCGGCGAAGAUCCGGAUGGACGUGGACGGCCGAGGUGCUGGGGGGAGUGAGGGUGGUGGUGAUGGCACGUGGAGCGAGAGCAGAAAUGAGGAUCUCGGGGACGUAGAUAGGAGAUUGAAUGAUUGUGGUAGGGUCUUGGGAGUGUUGUUGGAGUUAGGCGUAAGGAGGUUGAAGGCGGAUGUUAUGGAAAGUGAGGGUGUCGAUAAUGGUGGCGCAGAAGGCAGCGUGAGUGCUGGCACGUCCUCAAUUGAUGAAGAGGAGUUAUCGUGUUUGGGGGCCAUAGUUCCAGAAUAUGCAGAAAUUUUCGAUGCGUUGUGUUUGAACAUACAGAGGCAACUGCAAGGUUGGGUGGUUGAUGAAUCUGGCUUAGCAUUGAUGGUGCAUAGGCAUGGGAAGACUCGGGCGGGUUUGUUGUUGGAGGAGGAAGAUGUUAAGAUUAUGGGUUUGAUGCAGAAGAGCAUUCAGUUAGCUCAUUUAAAUGCAAUGAAGGAGUGUGUCAGUGAUGGGAAUGAGGAAGGUGCAAUUGAUCAUGUUCGUUUUCUUCACCUUGACCAUGGAGUAGAUGAAACGGAGUUCCGUGUGGCAUUACAAGAUCUCCUCAAGAUGCUUUUGUCAAGAAAGGGAGGAUCUUUUGACUCUUGGCUUGCUAUGCGGGAAAAGUUGCUUUCCUUAUAUGCAAAAGCCCUUGCAGCAGACUGCCCACAUCUUGUACAAAUGAUUCAGGUUAUUCAGGAUGAGUUGCUUUCUGAAGACAUUGAGAAGUACAGAGCACUUGACAAGCAAAUCCCGCUACCCCUUGAUUGUUUUGAAAAAUAUAUGGAGGAAUCUGCACCAGACAUGGACACAAAUGCUAAGUCCUCACAAUUGAGAACGACUGUUAGUGCUUGCAUGCGAGAUAUGUACCACUAUGCUCGAGUUUGUAGGUUACAUGUACUUGAGUGUGUCAUGGAUACAACUAUAUCUUUGGUGAAGAAACAACAUCUCGAAGAAGCUAGCAAUGUUCUUUUACUGUUUCCCGGGCUUCAACCACUAGUAGCUGCAAUUGGUUGGGAUCUCUUGCCUGGUAAUACGUCAGCCCGUAGAAAAUUGAUGCAGUUGCUGUGGACGAGUAAAUCACGAGUGAUCCGUCUGGAAGAAUCAACUCUUUAUGGGAGUCAAUCGGAUGAGGUAUCUCGCAUGGAAAAUCUUUGUGAUUCAUUAUGUUAUCAGCUUGAUCUUGCUUCCUUUGUUGCUUGUGUGAAUUCUGGUCGUACAUGGAACUCAAAGUCCUCAUUACUGUUGUUUGGAAAAGAAGAUAGUACAUCUAUGUCUGAAAAUGCUGAUUUGGACCCCUUUGUUGAGAACUUUGUAUUGGAGAGGCUUUCUGCUCAAAGUCCUCUGCGGGUCCUGUUCGAUGUGGUUCCUGGUAUCAAAUUUCAAGAUGCUAUUGAAUUGAUAAGUAUGCAACCCAUUGCUUCUACUACUGCCGCCUGGAAGAGGAUGCAAGAUAUUGAGCUUAUGAACAUGAGAUAUGCUUUGGAAUCCACUGUUCUUGCUCUUGGAGCGAUGGAAAAGACUCUGCAUAAUGAAGGAGAAGAUCAUGGACCAGUGGCACUUCAUCAUCUAAAAGACUUGCAUAAUCACUUGGAGGCGAUCAAAUAUCUUCCACGCAAGAUACUUAUGAUAAAUGUGAUUAUCUCUCUUUUGCACAUGGAUAAUCUCUCUCUCAAUUUGACACAUUGUGUGUCACCAAAAGGCUAUCAUGGAUCGCCUGAUUCAUGUGCUGGGGACCAUACUGACUUUACUGCUGUUGAAGGGGCAAAUGAGACUGUUAUAUCAUUCACUGAAUUUCUGCUUGAUAUAUUACGUCGAAAUCUACCAUCAUCUUUAUCUGAGCAAGAACAUCUUAUGAGUGACGGGUUAAGUACUGAAGGAAAACAGGCCUUGGAGUGGAGGAUCACUAUGUCUAAGCAUUUCAUUGAAGAUUGGGAAUGGAGAUUGUCUAUUUUGCAGCAGCUUCUGCCACUCUAUGAACGCCAGUGGAGUUGGAAGGAGGCACUGACUGUGUUACGUGCAGCCCCAUCCAAGCUACUCAACCUCUGCAUGCAGCGGGCUAAGUAUGACCUAGGAGAAGAAGCAGUUCAUAGAUUUUCAUUGUCUGCUGAAGAUAAAGCUACCUUGGAAUUGUCAGAAUGGGUGGAUACUGCAUUCAAAAGAGCAUCUGUAGAAGAUGCUGUUUCUCGUGCUGCUGAUGGAACAUCCUCUGUUCAAGAUCUUGAUUUUACGUCGUUACGUUCCCAGUUAGGUCCUCUGGCUAUAAUUCUUUUAUGCAUCGACAUGGCUGCAACAUCUGCAAAAUCUGCAAAUUUGUGCCUAGAGCUUUUGGAUCAGGCUCAAGUUAUGCUGUCUGAGAUAUAUCCAGGAAAGUCUCCAAAAGGUGGUCCUACCUACUGGGACCAGAUUCAUGAAGCAGGAGUAAUAUCUGUGUCAAGGCAUGUGCUCAAGCGUCUCCAUGAAUUCUUGGAACAGGAUAAUCCUCCUGCUAUUCGGGCAAUUCUGUCCAGGGAAAUCGUCAUCUCAUCAUCUAAGGAUUCUCACCGACAAGGGCAGAGGGACCGUGCUCUUGGUUCGUUACAUCAGAUGAUUGAAGAUGCUUACAGGAGCAAGCGACAGUUUCUAAGUGGCAAGCUAUAUAACCUGGCAAGAGCCAUUGCUGAUGAAGAAAAGGAGGCCAAUUCCAGCAGAGAGGGAGCUGUAUCUGCUGAUCGUAAAAGUCUUUCACACCAAAAUAAGGAUGGAGUUCUUGGCCUUGGGUUAAAAACUGUCAAAGAGACGUCACUGAAUUCAAUGACCACAGAAAAGAAUUUGCAGGCUAACAACUAUGAUUUGAAAGACACUGGAAAGAGAAUAUAUGGCCCUUUAACUUCCAAGCCAAUGACAUAUCUUUCGCAGUUCAUACUACACAUUGCUGCAAUUGGUGACAUAGUUGAUGGGACGGACACAACUCAUGAUUUCAACUAUUUCUCUAUCGUCUAUGAAUGGCCUAAAGAUCUUUUGACUCGUCUGGUGUUUGACCGCGGAAACACUGAUGCAGCGGCAAAAGUGGCAGAGAUAAUGCGUGCUGAUUUUGUCCAUGAAGUAAUUUCUGCCUGCGUGCCUCCAGUUUAUCCACCACGUUCUGGCCAUGGAUGGGCAUGCAUUCCUGUUUUUACUAUGUUCUCUAGGAGUCACUUGGAGAAAAUUCUCACUCCCUCUUCUAGAGAAGCUAAGGGCAACUCCUUUAACUGUUCCCCCGGAGCACCUGGCUUGCCACUAUUCUCUCUUCAGUUGGAUAUCAUAAAACAUCUGGCAAAAGUUUCUCCUGUAAGGGCUGUAGUAGCAUGUUUAUUUGGGAGCAGUAUCUUAUACAAUGGCAGCGACUCGUCUAUUUCCAGUUCCUUCAACAAUGGUUUACUGCAGUCAUCUGAUGCAGAUCGUUUGUUCUAUGAAUUUGCUCUUGAUCAAUCUGAAAGAUUUCCAACCUUAAACCGUUGGAUUCAGAUGCAAACCAACCUUCAUCGAGUUUCAGAGUUUGCUGUGACAUCUGAGCGAACAGCUGAUGAUGGCAAAGUUAGGUUUGAGCAGAGAGCUGCUAUAAAACGAGCCCGUGAGCAUGACAGUGACACGGAGUCUGAACUUGAUGAAAGUGGUGGUGGAAGUAGGAUCCCUGUCGGUCUGACAGAUGUCAAUCAUAAAAGUGGGGGACCUGCAGAAACCUGUGAUGACUCUCUAAAGUCUGAUCGUACCGACUCUGACAUGGCGGUGCAUCUUUCAUUUGACUGGGAGAAUGAAGAACCUUACGAGAAAGCUGUUGAGAGAUUAAUUGAUGAAGGAAAACUAAUGGAUGCUCUUGCUCUAUCCGAUCGUUUUCUAUGUAAUGGUGCCUCAGACCGCUUACUUCAGUUAUUAAUUGAGCGUGGUGAUGAAAAUCAUUCAAUAUCUGGUCAAGCACAAAGUUAUGGUGGCCACAGCAUCUGGAGUAACAGUUGGCAGUAUUGCUUGCGGUUGAAGGAUAAACAACUGGCAGCUAAACUUGCUCUUAAGUAUAUGCACGGAUGGGAACUCGAUGCCGCCUUGGACAUUCUCACCAUGUGCAGCUGCCAUCUGCCACAUAGCGACCCAGUCAGAAAUGAGAUUUUGCAAAUGAGACAAGCUUUGCAGAAAUACAGUCAUAUAUUAAGUGCUGACGAUCAUUAUAGCAGCUGGCAACAGGUUGAAGCUGCGUGUAAAGCAGAUCCGGAGGGCUUGGCUCUUAGAUUGGCUGAAAAGGGGGCUGUUUCUGCUGCUUUAAAAGUGGCUGAGAGUGCUGGUUUAUCGGUAGAUAUGCGGAGAGAGCUACAGGCUCAACAACUUGUGAAACUUCUAACAGCAGAUCCUCUGAAUGGUGGGGGUCCAGCAGAAGCCUCACGAUUUCUUUCCUCCCUACGUGACUCUGAAGAUGCUUUACCAGUGGCAAUGGGUGCCAUGCAGUUGUUACCCAACUUGCGGUCCAAGCAGCUUCUGGUUCACUUCUUCCUGAAGCGGAGAGAUGGGAAAUUGUCAGAUGUCGAGGUCUCCAGGCUUAACUCUUGGGCCUUAGGUCUCCGUGUUCUUGCUGCCCUGCCACUGCCAUGGCAGCAAAGAUGUUCUUCUCUGCACGAGCACCCUCGUCUUAUUCUUGAGGUUCUCCUUAUGAGGAAGCAGCUGCAAUCUGCGUCUCUGAUUCUUAAAGAAUUUUCUUCCUUGAGAGACAAUUCUAUGGUUGUCACAUAUGCUGCUAAAGCUAUUGUGGUCAGCAUAAGCUCUCCUUCCAGGGAACCUCGUGUGUCAGUUUCUGGAACUAGGUCAAAACCGAAAACAAGAGCAGGUGCUUCGACGAGGUCAUCUUUUUCGAAUAGUUUGAGCAACUUGCAGAAAGAGGCCCGGCGGGCUUUUUCUUGGGGUCCUCGAAAUGCGGGAGAAAAGAAUGCUUCAAAAGAUGUUCAACGGAAGAGAAAGAGUUCAGGAUUAUCGCCAUCUGAAAGAGUUGCUUGGGAGGCAAUGGCAGGUAUUCAGGAAGAUUCAUUGACUUCUCUUUCUGCUGAGGGGCAAGACCGACUUCCACCUGUUUCCAUAGUUGAUGAAUGGAUGUUAACUGGGGAUCCAAGUAAGGAUGAAGCUGUCAGAUCAUCCCAUCGGUAUGAAAGCCCUGAUGUUAUUCUCUUCAAGGCAUUGCUUUCAUUGUGUUCGGAUGAGAUUGUGUCUGCCAAAAGUGCUCUUGAAUUGUGCGUCAAUCAGAUGAAAAAUGUGUUAAGCUGCCAACAGUUGCCUGAGAGUUCAUCCAUGGAGACAAUUGGACGGGCAUAUCAUGCGACAGACACAUUUGUGCAGGGAUUAUUCUAUGCUAAAUCUCUUCUUAGAAAGCUGGCUGGGGCUAGUGAGUUGGCUGGCAAUCCUGAGAGAAAUAAGGAUGCAGAUGACACAUCAUCAGAUGCUGGUAGCUUGAGUGUAGGCAGUCAGUCUACAGAUGAGCCCUCUGAACUUCUUCUGCAGACGGAUAUAUGGCUUGGUCGUGCCGAACUGCUUCAGAGUCUCCUAGGAUCUGGCAUUGCUGCUUCCCUUGACGAUAUUGCUGACAAGGACUCAUCUGAUCGUCUUCGAGACAGGUUAAUUGCAGAUGAACGGUAUAGUAUGGCUGUCUACACUUGUAAGAAGUGCAAGAUAGAUGUCUUUCCUGUAUGGAAUGCUUGGGGACAUGCUUUAAUUCGAACAGAACACUAUGAUCAAGCUCGAGUGAAGUUUAAGCAAGCACUUCAGUUGUAUAAGGGUGAUACUACACCUGUCAUUUUGGAGAUCAUUAAUACCAUUGAAGGAGGUCCGCCUGUUGAUGUGUCAGCAGUCCGUUCAAUGUAUGACCAUUUGGCUAAAAGUGCUCCAGCUAUAUUAGAUGAUUCACUUUCUGCUGAUUCCUAUCUUAAUGUCCUGUACAUGCCAUCUACAUUCCCACGUUCAGAGAUGUCUAGACGUUCAUCAAACUCUGCAAAUGACUCUGAUUUCCUGGAUUUGGAAGAGGGACCCCGAAGCAAUCUAGAUAGUACUCGGUAUCUUGAAUGUGUCAAUUAUCUACAGGAGUAUGCUCCGCAGCAUUCGCUUAAUUUUAUAUUUAGGCAUGGCCAUUUCAGGGACGGGUGUAUGUUAUUCUUUCCACUGGUUGAUGUUCCUACACCCGCUCAACCUUCAGGCCAUGGUGUUGUUAUUUCAUCUCCACCUCCACAAAAAUAUGGGACAAUUGAUGAUUUGUGUGACUAUUGCAUUGGCUUUGGUGCCAUGCCUGUUUUGGAAGAAGUAAUUUCGUUGAGACUCUCAUCAAGUUCAAAAGAUGUGGUCAAUCAUACAAAAGCAGCCCUUGCUCGAAUCUGCCUUUAUUGUGAAACUCAUAAGCAUUUCAAUUACUUAAACAAGUUUCAGGUUAUCAAGAAGGACCACGUUGCAGCUGGGCUUUGCUGUAUUCAACUAUUCAUGAAUUCUGCCACGCAGGAAGAAGCCAUCAAACAUUUGGAGCAUGCUAAGAUGCAUUUUGAUGAAGGUCUUUCAGCGCGACAUAAAGGUGGAGAUUCUACUAAAGUUGUCACAAAGGGCCUGAGAGGAAAAAGUGCUUCUGAAAAGCUCACUGAAGAAGGACUUGUCAAAUUUUCUGCCCGUGUGGCAAUACAAAUGGAUGUUGUCAAAUCAUUCAAUGACUCAGAUGGGCCCCAAUGGAAGCAUUCUCUUUUUGGGAACCCAAAUGACCCUGACACGUUCAGGAGAAGGUGUGAGAUUGCAGAGACUCUUGCUGAGAGGAACUUCGAUUUGGCUUUUCAAGUGAUAUAUGAAUUUAACCUCCCUGCCGUGGAUAUUUAUGCUGCGGUAGCUGCAUCACUUGCGGAAAGGAAAAAAGGAGGCCAGUUGACAGAGUUUUUCCGAAAUAUCAAAGGCACUAUUGUUUAUGACGACUGGGAUCAGGUGUUAGGAGCUGCCAUAAACGUAUAUGCAAAUAAGCACAAAGAACGUCCUGACCGUUUGAUAGACAUGUUAACCAGCAGCCACAGAAAGGUGCUGGCUUGCGUGAUCUGUGGUCGCCUCAAAAGUGCAUUCCAAAUUGCUUCACGGAGUGGAAGUGUUGCUGACGUGCAAUAUGUAGCACAUCAGGCAUUACAUGCAAAUGCUCUCCCUGUGCUUGAUAUGUGCAAGCAAUGGUUAGCCCAAUAUAUGUAAAUUCUAGCUCAUGCAGAUGAGGGUUUAAUCCAGUUGCUUUUGCCUAACGCUUGCACAUCUGACGGGCUUGCAACUCUGUGAAGAGCAUUUCAGAAUAUUAGGGCCAUUAUGCUCAUCAGAGUACUGAUAUUCAUUUGAAAGCAUGCUAUUACUUUCGUUUCAAGUCUUGAUGCGAUGAUUUGAGGAACCGUCCAAGUCUUUUCAGGUAAAGAAAACUUGUGAUGGACAACCAUUUUAUUGGGAGGCCUGCCAUGGGCAAAGCAUCUGUAUGUGGGACCUAUGGAGCUUUACUUAUGCUUCGGCAUUGGGAAUGUCCAAGCAGAGUCAAAUUUUUGCGGGAAAAUGUAAUUAGACCGGAAAGACAUUAUGGGGAGCUUUGCAACUUUUGGGCUCAGUGAAAGCUGUAUUGCUCGUGCGACUUGAUGAUCAAACAUUAUAUAUAUACAGUAGCUGCUUUUAUAUUGAAAUAAUCCCAGUGCCAAAUAUAGUGACGGUGUUUGGCUACAUGGUGGGCUUGUCUGAAAAAGAGAUGAUGCCAGUGGUGUGGAAAUAUGAUUUUGUACAGAUGGCCUUUUCAAGCAAGUUGGCCUCCUGAACCUGUUUGUGUCACUGCAGUGUUUGUUUUUUGUUUUUGUUUAUGGGUCGAAAUUGCGGUGUAUGGUUUGAUCGCUCGACUUGUUUUCCUUGAAAGGACGUGCAUGAGACAUAAUAAGAAUGCGGCUGCUUUAUUUGAAGAAAUAAA